UUAUUAAUAUAAGAAUCCCUCUCUCUAAACUUGAAUAACAACUACCAAAACAGUUCUCCUUCAUCCCCAAAGUCUAUUUUCUGAUUGGGAAGAUAUUUGCAGAAGAUCUCAAUUGCCAAUUGGAAACCCAGUUGAAUCCUGUGACGUUCAAUACACGGGGGCCUACAGCAAUCUCAGCAGCGCUCCUCUCUCACUUAAAACUCGCAUCUUAUCCCUUUCGCACCUCUCCUCUCUCUUCUUUGGAUUUUAAUUGGACAUCAUUAAUUAAUUUUCCUUUCUUUUCUACUAUAUAUAUAACUCCUCCUUAUCCAAAAUCUUUUCUCUUUCGAUCUUUCCUUUCUAAUUUUGCCCUCCCGCCCCAAUCGGGGUGGAUUGCUGCCUAAUCCAAUCCUCUUAUUCAACCCUCUUCAGCUUAAAGGCAGCUUCUUAUCCACUUCUUUUUCGCGCUUGCCGUUAUGGCGUUAAUUUCUGCAUUUCUUGAGAUUCUGCAAAAGCCCACAAUUGGGGAUGUGGUGCUUGAGCUAAUGGCGUUCACGACGCCCAUAUGGGCGGCCAUCGUCGUCGGCGUUUUGCUGGGCUGGGCGUGGAAGCCCAACUGGGCUAAUUUGACUGUAGGAUUUCUUGAGAACGGCGGAGAGGUGAAGAAAUCAGCGGCGGCGCUGUCGCAAUUCGUUGCUUCAGUCCCCAGCUUGUGCUCAUUGAAGCGGCAUUUCUCGCUUGAGGCUUCAAACUCAUCCGAGUCUUCAAUUCCGUGCUUUGAAUACAGUUCAUCAAGGCUGGAGACUGAGAAAACGAGUGCUGUGAAUGAGGAUGAUCUCAAGCAUUUUCACAAGCUUGUUGAGGAGAAAGAUGGUGGGCCUGUUUGGAUCCAGAUGAUGGAUAGGUCAACUCCCAAUAUGAGCUACCAAGCUUGGAGAAGAGAUCUUGAGACUGGACCUCCACAAUAUCGUAGUAGAACUAUUUAUGAAGAUGCCACCCCUGAAAUGUUGAAAGAUUUCUUCUGGGACGACGAAUUCAGAGCGAAAUGGGGUGAACUUAAAAUGGAAACAGCUUCUGUUACUUGGAGAUCUUUUUGGCAAGAAUACUUUGGAUUAGAUAUUUGCUUGGGUGAAUUCGAAAAAUCUGAUGACACGCCCUUGUUGAAUUCAGCUGAAUCAAAGAGAGAUGGGCGGUCUACUGCUAGUGAGAUUCUUCUGUUCCACUACGAAGACAUGGGCAUACCAUGGGAGAUCGCAAAACUUGGUGUCCGGCAAGGGAUGUGGGGCGCUGUCAAGAAGAUCGACCCUGGCUUGCGUGCCUACCAGAAGCACAGAGCAUCUGGAGCACCACUCUCGCGCUCUGCAACUAUGGCUCAAAUAAACGCUAAAGUUGACGUGGACGCCUUGGAAGCCCAGGAGAGCACGAGUACUUCUGCACCAGAGGCCACAGCUCUUGUUUCAGAUGAGAAGCCAUCGCGUAGAGGCAUCUCAAAGGCUCUCGUUGUUGGUGGGGCCCUCGCCCUAGCUUGCUCCAUCGACAGAGGGCUUCUGACGAAAGCGGUUAUUUUUGGCGUUGCGAGAAAGUUUGCAAGAACAGGGCAGAGGUUAUGACGAAUACAGCUAAUUACAUUACUCUGUGCAAUAAGCAAAGGCUCACACAGAAUUAGCAUUCGUUGCAAAUUUGUUGCUGCGAAAUAAAGAGGCAGUUUUCAUUCUUUUUUUGUUUACUAUAUCUCCAUGUAGUGAUGAUAUUAUCCUAUAAUUCAUUUAUUUUCCAAUAUAUGAUCAUUUUUUUUACA